GUCGCCAGAUUAUGGUGCGACGACGGGGUGCGAGUGAGGUGGCGUCUGACAGCGGCAGAACCCGGUACCAGAACGAGUCGUGACUCUUCAGCUGCGUCGCGUUUGACCGAGACGAAAUCCCGCUUACCUUCGAGGCGGUGCGACUUUCCUUGACGAGGUCCUGUGCUCACUGGCGCUGCCAUGUCGGCAAAAGCCAUCUCUGAGCAGACGGGAAAAGAGUUCUUGUACAAGCACAUCUGCACUUCAGCUGCCGUGCAGAACCGCUUCCGCUACGCCAGCGUCACCGCCGAGACCGACUGGCAACGGCUCACGCAGGAGCAUCCAUGGCUGCUGACAGAGCGGCUGGUGAUAAAGCCAGAUCAACUGAUCAAACGGCGUGGGAAGCUCGGACUGGUCGGCAUCAACUUGGACCUGGAGGGUGUCAAAGAGUGGUUUAAAGCCCGCGUCAUGAGAGAGACCACCGUUGGAAAGGCAAAGGGUGUGCUGAAGAACUUCCUCAUUGAGCCGUUCGUUCCACACACACAGGAGGAGGAGUUCUAUGUGUGUAUUUAUGCCACACGAGAAGGCGACCAUGUGCUUUUCCACCACGAGGGAGGAGUGGAGGUGGGUGACGUGGACGCCAAGGCUCUGAGGCUGUUGGUUGCAGUGGACGAGAAGCUGGGAGAGAAGCAGGUCAUGGAGAAGCUCCUCACACACGUUCCAGAUGAAAAGAAACAAGUCUUGGCCAGUUUUGUAGUUGGUCUCUUUAAGUUAUAUGAGGACCUCUACUUCACCUACCUUGAGAUCAACCCUAUAGUUGUAACCAAAGAUGGAGUGUAUGUCCUCGACAUGGCAGCCAAGAUUGAUGCCACAGCAGAUUUCCUCUGCAAGGCUAAAUGGGGUGAUGUGGAGUUUCCACCACCAUUUGGCAGAGAAGCGUAUCCAGAGGAGGCGUACAUAGCUGAUCUGGAUGCAAAGAGUGGUGCCAGUUUGAAGCUGACCCUGCUGAACCCUUGUGGCAGGAUCUGGACCAUGGUGGCCGGAGGCGGGGCUUCAGUAGUCUACAGUGACACCAUCUGUGACCUUGGCGGGGUGGAUGAACUGGCAAACUAUGGCGAGUACUCCGGCGCACCCAGUGAACAGCAGACCUACGACUACGCUAAAACCAUCCUGUCUCUCAUGACCCGGGAGAAACACACACAAGGGAAAGUGCUGAUCAUCGGAGGAAGUAUUGCCAACUUCACCAAUGUAGCAGCCACAUUUAAGGGCAUUGUUAGGGCCAUCAAAGACUUCCAAUGUCCUCUGAAGGAGCACGAGGUCACCAUCUUUGUUCGACGUGGCGGGCCCAACUACCAGGAGGGGCUGAGGGUCAUGGGGGAAAUAGGGAAGACCACAGGUAUUCCUAUCCAUGUCUUUGGUACCGAGACCCAUAUGACGGCCAUUGUUGGAAUGGCUCUGGGCCACCGGCCAAUCCCUAACCAGCCCCCAAUGGACGCACACACCGCCAACUUCCUCCUCAACGCCAGCAACAGCGCAGCGACUCCAGCGACAACAAGGACCGCUUCAUUCUCCGAACCCAAGACGUCCGGUGAAUUUAACCCGGCCAAAAAGUCUAAAGCAGAUCUUCCAGCAGACUCUCUUCAUUCUAUACUGUGGCCUCUGAAGAAUAUGGUCACAGGCGAUUGGAAAGAAGCUCAGGCCUCUUCAGGCUGCAGCGGAGCCAAACCUACGACACUCUUCAGGAAACAAACGAAGGCGAUCGUCUGGGGCAUGCAGACACGCGCGGUGCAAGGCAUGAUGGACUUUGACUACGUAUGCUCCCGGGAUGAACCCUCCGUGGCGGCCAUGGUCUACCCCUUCACUGGGGAUCACAAGCAGAAGUUUUACUGGGGCCACAAAGAGAUCCUGGUUCCGGUCUAUAAGAACAUGGCUGAUGCCGUGAAGAAGCACCCUGAGGUGGACGUCUUGAUUAGCUUUGCUUCACUGCGCUCCGCCUUCGACAGCACUAUGGAGUCCAUGCAGUACCCACAGAUCCACACCAUCGCCAUCAUUGCUGAGGGCAUUCCUGAAGCACACACGAGGAAGAUAAUCAAGAUGGCUGAUGAGAAAGGUGUCACUAUCAUCGGCCCCGCUACAGUUGGUGGCAUCAAGCCCGGCUGCUUUAAGAUCGGCAACACGGGUGGCAUGCUGGACAACAUCCUGGCUUCCAAACUGUACCGUCCCGGCAGCGUGGCGUACGUGUCGCGUUCCGGGGGCAUGUCCAACGAGCUGAACAACAUAAUCUCCCGCACAACAGACGGCGUCUAUGAAGGUGUUGCCAUCGGAGGAGACCGAUAUCCGGGCUCCACCUUCAUGGACCACGUCCUACGCUACCAGGACACUCCAGGGGUUAAGAUGAUAAUCGUGCUGGGAGAGAUUGGAGGCACAGAGGAGUACAAGAUCUGCCAAGGCAUCAGAGAGGGCAGGAUAACCAAGCCUGUGGUGUGCUGGUGUAUUGGAACCUGUGCUACCAUGUUCGCAUCAGAGGUUCAGUUUGGCCAUGCGGGGGCCUGUGCCAACCAGGCUUCCGAAACCGCAGUAGCCAAGAACCAGGCCCUGAGGGACGCUGGCGCUUACGUACCAAAGAGCUUUGAUGAGCUGGGGGAUGUCAUCAAGACCGUCUAUGAUGAUCUGGUGGCCAAUGGUACCAUCGUUCCUGCCCAGGAGGUGCCUCCCCCAACUGUGCCAAUGGAUUACUCUUGGGCCAGGGAGUUGGGUCUGAUCCGGAAGCCGGCCUCAUUCAUGACGAGCAUCUGUGACGAGCGAGGCCAGGAGCUCAUCUACGCUGGCAUGCCCAUCACUGAGGUCUUUAAAGAGGAGAUGGGUCUGGGAGGAGUGCUGGGCUUGCUUUGGUUCCAGCGCAGGUUGCCGCGAUAUGCCUGCCAGUUCAUUGAGAUGUGCCUGAUGGUGACUGCUGAUCACGGGCCGGCCGUCUCCGGCGCACACAACACAAUCGUCUGCGCUCGCGCUGGCAAGGACCUUAUCUCAAGCCUCACCUCUGGCCUGCUCACCAUCGGGGACCGUUUUGGAGGUGCUCUGGAUGCCGCUGCAAAGCAGUUCAGCAAGGCUUUUGACAGUGGCAUGCUGCCCAUGGAGUUUGUUAACAAGAUGAAGAAGGAUGGCAAGCUGAUCAUGGGCAUUGGACACAGAGUCAAAUCGAUCAAUAACCCAGACAUGCGGGUGCAGAUUCUGAAGGACUUUGUUAAGCAGAAUUUCCCCUCCACCCAGCUGCUGGACUACGCCCUAGACGUAGAGAAGAUUACCACCUCCAAGAAACCCAACCUGAUCUUGAACGUAGACGGUUUUAUUGGUGUGGCAUUUGUUGAUCUGCUGAGGAUGUGCGGUGGCUUCACAAGAGACGAGGCGGACGAGUUUGUGGAGAUCGGUGCACUAAAUGGGAUCUUUGUCCUCGGACGUAGCAUGGGCUUCAUUGGACAUUACCUGGACCAGAAGAGGCUGAAACAGGGUUUGUACCGCCACCCCUGGGAUGACAUCUCUUAUGUGCUACCUGAACAUAUGUCCAUGUAACUCCCACGUUACAGAAUGAAUACGUUUCCACGUGUGAUUGCCAGAAUGAGUCUCGCAUGAUACGUACUGUCAGAGUAUCACAACAGUGGCCUGGGCAAAACAUUGCAGGAUGAUUCUGGAAAAUGGAAGUAGUUUUUACUGAGAAAAUGGGGAAGGGGGGUUAUAUUUGUAGAUUUAGUUUUUGGAAAAAAUCAUUUAAACUCAAAGCUGUAACUUAUUCCGUUUUGACCAGACACAAACCGAUGCAAACUACAGCGGUUGCAAAGGCGUAACGUAAAUUGGUACUUUUAAAAUAAAUGGCCAGGACUCAAAGGACAUUACGACCCGUAAUCCUGCCUUACGGAUUCUGAUCAUGUGAUCUGCUUAAACUCAACGAUACGUUUCGUUUUUUAUAUACUACUCACAAAAAUGGCAUCGGCAUUUUGCUGUUUUAGGCCACAUGAAAGUGUGCUUCAUUACGCUCCCUGGCUUUGAGUAUUGCACCUUAGUUUAAAUAAAAGAGAAUUUCAGUUUUGGAUUCCUUCUCACCUGCUAAUGACAAAGAGCUUUGUCAUCACAAGAUAAACCAAAGUUAUGUUCAGUUUGUCAUCUUGUUUAAAAUAGAGAUUGGUUGACAUUACAAAGCGUAUCUUAAACGAAGACUCAAAAUAUGACUUAAGGGUCACUCCGAUUAUUGUUUCCCAGAUCAACCAGACUAGUGGUGAGUGAGUCUGCUAUUGUACAUUAGAUACAAUUGAGGCGUUCAGGUCUUUUACAAAGUAUGAUUUGAACUUUUGUAAAAAUCAUUCAAAAGGGAAAAAACACGUUUAAUGACUGAGCACAUUGUCUUUGAACGCAUCUGUUGGUGAGGGUCCAUGAAAACUGUUCACUGAUUGCAGAUAAUCAUAAUAUUGCUCUAAUAGAAUUUUCCAACUUUCACUAAAGUAUUUGCUCCAACACAAACGCUUUGUACUGCCUGCUGUGUGUGAUCUUUGUCUUUUGCUCUUUAACUGUGAAAAGUUUUUUUUUGUAAUAUGCUGCAGAUGUUAGUAUAAUAAAAGACUUGUAUACUUAU